AUGUCCAGAGCGCAGCCGGUCGGUUCUGUGAAGCUCUAUAGUGUCUUGGCCGGAAUUAUGAUAGCCACCUUUCUGAUAUCACUGGAUGUUUCUAUUAUCGCUACCGCCAUUCCUGCCAUAUCGACCCACUUCCAUGCUACGACAGAUAUCGGGUGGUGCGGAGCUACCUAUCCGCUCACAAUGUGCGCUCUUCAACCGAUCAGUGGCAAGCUCUCUUCAUUGCUGUCGCUGCGAUGGACAUGCCUCGCGUUCUACUGCGUAUUCCUUCUAGGAUCUCUGAUUUGCGGUGUGGCAAACAGUUCCAAAAUGUGCAUAAUCGGAAGAGCAGUCGCCGGUGCUGGAGGCUCCGGGGUAGUGUCAGGCGGUCUCUCAGUCAUCGCAUUGAUAACAACCCCCCAGCAGCGUCCGCUGUUCACUGGCCUGGUAACCUCUCUUUAUGCCCUGGGACCUGUCGUCGCCCCAAUUAUCGGAGGCGCUUUGGCUGAACACAAUUGGAGGUGGUGCUUUCUGAUCAACCUUCCGGGUGGAGCAGUGACGGUGGUGACAUUGCUCUUAUUUUUCCAUCCGCCUCGAAACCCCAUUCGCAGUGGAGUCAUGCUCCUGCCUUCGGUCUGCACUCAGGUUUUUGGAUCCCUUGUCUCUGGCAUCCUAGAUAAACGCCGGUCCUCAGUAUCUACGGAAGUUGCUUCUGACGCUGUAUUAUAG